AUUGGUCUUCGACUCGAUUAAUUUCAACUCUGUGUCUUGGCAUGUCAUCUCAAAUUCGCGGCUCCAAACAGCAUGAAGACGUUGACCCCGUCACGAUCAAAAAAAUUGAGGAAGCAUAUGUCAUGCUUAACGGUCCUGAUGGUGCAAAAUGCAGCUCGCUUCUUAAGAAAAAUUUGACCAAGGAUGUCAUCGAGAAGCUCAAAACAAAGAGUACAAAGCUCGGAGCCAAUCUUUACGACUGCAUCAGAUCGGGUGUUUACUGUUUGGACGCACUGGUCGGGGUAUACGCUCCAGAUGCUGAAGCUUAUACUUUGUUUGCUCCAUUGUUUGAUAAGAUUAUUGAGGAUUAUCAUGGGCUCGGCCCGGAUCAGAAGCAACCACCAGUCGAUCUUGGAGAGGGAAAGACCAAGGAGUUCCCACCGUUGGAUCCCAAGGGAAAAUACAUCAAAUCGACUAGAAUUCGCUGUGGACGUUCGUUGAAUGGAUAUCAAUUUAAUCCCUGUCUCACUGAGGAUAACUAUCUCGAGAUGGAAGAAAAGGUGAAGAAGGCAUUUUCAGAAUUUUCCGACGAGGAACUCAAGGGGACUUACUAUCCGUUGGAUGGAAUGAGCAAGGAUACCCAGAACCAGUUGAUUGCUGAUCACUUCCUGUUCAAGGAAGGCGACAGGCAUCUUCAAUACGCAAAUGCUUGCAACUUCUGGCCAAAAGGACGCGGUAUUUUCCAUAACAACAAGAAAACUUUUUUGAUUUGGGUGAAUGAAGAGGAUCAUUUGAGAAUUAUUUCAAUGCAAGAAGGAUCUGAUGUUGGUGCUGUUCUCGAAAGACUUAUCAAGGGAGUUCGUGGAAUUGAGAAGCAGGUUCAAUUCUCGCGCGAUGAUCGUCUCGGGUGGCUGACGUUCUGCCCAACUAACCUUGGUUCAACUGUUCGUGCAUCUGUUCACAUUGCUCUUCCAAAACUCAGCGCUCGUGAAGACUUCAAGCAAAUCUGCGAUAAGCUUGACCUCCAGCUGCGCGGAAUUCACGGUGAACACUCGGAAUCUGAGGGAGGAGUUUAUGACAUUUCUAACAGGGCUCGUCUCGGACUCUCGGAGUACGAAGCUGUCAAGAAAAUGUACGAUGGAGUGAAGAAUCUGAUUGAGAUGGAGGAGAAAGAAACAUAAAGAAAGGAAACCUUAAUUAGUUGUAAACUUUUUAAUAAAUGCUAAAAGCUGAA